AUGUGGAUUCUCGACCAACUGGCGCGUCUACUGGACCGCCCCCUCUUCCCAUGGAAAAACGUACUCGUCGGCUUUUCCCUAGGGCAAUUCAUCCUUGAAGGGCUUCUGUCAUUUCGUCAGUACAAGGUUCUUCAGCGAACCAAGGCUCCGAAGGUACUCGAAGGCGAAGUCUCUCAGAAGGUUUAUGAUCAGAGUCAGGCAUACGGUCGCGCAAAGGCAAAGUUUGGUUUCAUCUCCGGUUUAUAUGGUCAAGUCCAGAAUCUCGCGUUUAUCUAUGGCGAUGUGCUCCCCAAGCUAUGGGGGCUCAGCGGCCUUAUGUUGGCGCAAUACCUUCCUGCUCGGUUCCAGGGUGAAAUACCCCAGACGCUCCUGUUUCUCUUUGGAUUCAACCUCAUAAGCACUGUUCUCUCACUCCCGAUAUCCUACUACAACACGUUCGUGCUUGAGGAGAAGUUCGGCUUCAACAAGCAGACGGUGAAGCUCUGGAUCUCCGACCUGCUCAAGGGACAAAUGCUCGGUAUCGUUCUGGGCACUCCCAUUAUCAGUGCUGUCCUUAAGAUCGUUCAGAAAACCGGGACUUCGUGCUUCUACUACCUUUGGCUCUUUGGUGUCUUCGUUCAGGUCUUCGCCAUCACCAUCUACCCCAUUGUCAUUCUGCCUUUGUUCAACAAAUUGUCUCCUCUUGAACCCGGUGCAAUCAAGACUGGCGUUGAGAAUCUGGCGAAGAAGCUCAACUUUCCACUCCAGGAAUUGCAUGUCAUUGACGGUAGCAAGCGCAGUGCACACAGCAAUGCCUACUUUUUCGGCCUCCCCUGGAAGAAGCACAUUGUCAUCUACGAUACCUUGAUUGAGAAAAGCGAGCCCGAGGAAGUGGUCGCUGUUCUGAGCCACGAACUUGGCCACUGGAGCCUUAGCCACACCACCAAGCUGUUCGGCAUUGCUCAAUUCCACAUGUUCUAUAUCUUCGCUCUUUUCUCGGCCUUCGUGAAUAAUAGAUCGCUCUACCAGUCCUUCGGCUUUCACACCGAGCAGCCUAUCAUGAUUGGAUUCCUUCUCUUCUCUGAUGCCCUGGCACCAAUGGAUGCUGUCGUCAAGCUUCUGAUGAACAUCCUUAGUCGCAAGUUCGAAUUCGAAGCGGACGCAUUUGCUGUGAACCUCGGAUACUCCGAGGAGCUUUCCCAGUCGCUUCUCAAGCUCCAAAUCCAAAACCUGAGCACCAUGGAUGCGGACUGGAUGUACGCUAGCUACCAUUACUCUCACCCAAUUCUCUCCGAGAGGCUCAAGGCCCUUGGCUGGAAGGGCGGAAAGGUCACAGACCACAAGGAGGAAGACAGUGAUAAGCCUGUCAAGGCUGCCGACCGCGAACUUUAA